AUGUCAAGUGACAGUGACCAUAUGCCCAAGCCCUCUAAACGGAUCCGGUGCCGAAUUUCUGAUACCAGCGAGAGCAGUAGCGAUGAGUCUGUUAUUGCAAGGAUUCGUCGCAAGCGUCGAAAUCAUAUGGUCGUAAGUGAUGAUGACAGCAGUGAAGAGGAGCUAAGUUCGACCGGGAAGAAAACUCCCAACAAAGCCUUGGAAUCUGACAGCGAGAGUUACAGCAGUGCAAGUAAUUAUUCAGCGGGAUCCACGAGCGAUGAAUGGGAGUCUGAUUGGGAGAGCGAGUCAGAAGAUGACAUGUUUGAAUCUCCGAAGAAUAAAAAACGUAGUAGGAAAGAGCAACAGCCUAAGGAAGACGCUCCAAAAGCUCCAGAGAACAUUGAGUCCGACGAGAGCGAUGGGACUUCUGAAAAAUGCCCGAUUUGCAUUCUGUCGUUUAGACAUCAGCAGAUAGCGGUACCGUCCUGCUGCGAGCACUGUUUCUGCUUGAUAUGCUUGACAGAGUGGAGCAAAAAUGUCAAUACUUGUCCGGUUGAUCGUAAAACAUUUACGACCAUGAAAGUCAAAGAUAAUAUCAAUGGCUCUGUGAUUAAAUGUAUAUCCGUGGAGCCAAAAAAAGCCACCGAAGAACAAGUACAAGAAGACCCGACGUUUUGUGAAAUUUGUCACCUGAGUGAUCGCGAGGACAGAUUACUGCUGUGCGAUGGCUGUGACUCUGGUUAUCACUUGGAGUGUUUAAAUCCUCCAAUGGAUGAAGUUCCUUACGACAAUUGGUACUGCCCAGAGUGUUCCGCGAACGACCCGAACAUGGCUGAAGAGGUAAACAUUGAGACUAAUGAAGUGAGUGACCUGAUCGCAGAGGCUCGUUGUUUGGGAAUGACUUACGGAAGAAGAGAGGCUGGACUAGCUUCCCAGUACAUGUCCGCGAAUAAUUUCCGACCACUGCAGCACCGGCUGGUGCCGCGAACACGUCAAACAGAGCGUGUGCGAGCUUCUAUCCGCGCUACUCGCAAUAGAAGAGAGCAAGUACCGGAACUAGUAGCGGUUUCGCGAGUCUUUGAUCCCGAUCAACCCUCGACCUCGUCUGGCUUUGACUCUAUUUCUGAAAACAGUCGAGGUCGCUCACCAAACGCCAGCUCGGCUGGGAAUUUUUCUCACCAUAGCCGACGCACUGCCAGUAAAUCUAAGAGCCGCUCUAAACCGACUAGUCGCAAAAAGAAAACUCCAAAACGUAAAAAGGCGAAAAAUAAUGAGCCUGUGCUACAGAAAGUUGUCAUUAAAGAUUAUGGCACUGAUGGCGAAGAAAGAGAAAUUGUGAGCUAUGUCAAAGUCAAAAGCGGAACUUCCAGCCGGAAACGUAAGAAGCGAUCUAAAAAAACCUUCAAGAGACGGAAAAAUAAAUAUCACCGCAGAGCUUGCCGGCGAAUAGGUAAUAUUAAAUCAGUGAGAAAGCGAGUUGCGAUUGCUUUAAAUAUGGCCAAAAAAAAAUCAACAACUAAUCCGAUCGGAUUAAUAUCGUUAACAAAUCAAAGCUCGUCAGUGCCUCAAAGAACUGAACAGCUUACAAACGCGAGGUACCGAGCUGGCAUACCACAACUUAAUUUAUUUGGAAAUAAUUUACCUUUAGAUUAUUGUCCCUUCGGAUCGGAUGACGAAAUAAAUCCCUCUGUAAGUGAAGAAGAUGGUAUUAGCGGUGGUAAUGUGGUCAGUGUAACUCGUCGUAGUGCCUCUUCAAUAACAAGUCUCAGACGUCGACUAGGUUUAAAAAAUCAAGUGAGUCGCGUAAGACGUGAUCCGCAUCCUCAGCCAGUAAUCACCGACUUGCUGGACAAUAUAAUCAGCAGUCAAGAGCUCUGGCAUUCUAAAGCCACUAAAAUCAGCCUGAAAGCCGACGGGACUUUUUCUCUACCCGAAAAGAAAAAUAAGCCCGACAUCAUCAAGAACAAUGAUUUUUUAAAGGAUGAACAAUCAAAAAACGACAGUAUUAUAGCCUCUGUCACCGGUUCUGCGGAUAUUAAUCCAGACAUAGUUCAAGCACCUAUGUACAACAAUUCCCGGGGCGGUAACAACUCCGACGGGAGGUCUUUCAGAGGAAACUACCACAACAGAGGCCACCAUGGUCACAACAGAAACGACUACGGACCUCCUAGGGAUUCUUACUCCGGAAACGGACCUCCGACUUACGGAGGUCCAGGUCCGAGGGAUAGUUUCGGCCACGGAGAUUUCCGGCAGCCUCCACCCUUGCUGGACUUUAGUCCCAACCGGCGGCAGCCUCACACUCCAGGAAUGAUGAACCGCAAUCGCAACAAUCCAAACUUCCGAAACAAUCCUCGGGGUCGUAAUUUUAACAAUGACCGCGGGGGAUUCCGCCCGCUAGAAAGUCUUCAGACUUCUAAUUUUCAGCCUCCGGAAAAUUUUCACAGUCAGAAUGUAACUAGCGUAAAUGUAAACACCGGUGCGCUACCGAGCAAUGUUGCUAAUUUAUCACUUCAGGAUACUUCACCAGAAAAUUUAACUGCUAAUGUCGACGCUGUUGUAGAGAAUACCAGCAAUUCUGGCGUUGAAUCUGCUGAAGCGAAUCCAGCGAGUGAAUCCGCUGUGGCGAGUUCUGACCAACCUGAGGGAGAAGAAUGUGAUAUUUACAGUGAUAUUGAUAUGUCUAAGCCGAGCGAUAACCCAGAAGGCGAUAACAAAGAAACUGAUGAUAGAAAUAGUUCUAUAGAAGCGCUCUUACCUCCUCCGAUUCCUCCGUCAGACUUGCUGGACUUUGAGGACAAUCUCAAGAGUGAUAACGAGAGUGAUGACAAUGAUUUAGUGAUUGAUGACACUCCAAAAGAGCCUGCUAAAAAUGCUGAUACAAAAGAUGGAAAAACAGAUGAUAAAUAUGAUCCGUUUGCUGUAAUUGACAGUGAUAGUAAUGAUGAACAUCCCCGUGAUAGUAGUAAGAAAAAAAAUCAAGGUGAAAGUAGUAAUUUAGAUUUUAUAAAUUCUUCACUCCCUCCGCUGGAACCUCCUCCAAUGCCUCCAGAUUUUUCUGCUAUUGUUGACCUAGGUGAGAUGAAGAAUAUCAAAAAAGACUCCCUUACCCUCCUGGGGACUUAUUAUAACGACGAGGAUGAUGAUAAUGCCAACCAGGAUGAUGAUGAUGAUGAUGAUGAUGAUGAUGAAACAACCAAGAGCGACUGUCCUAAUUUCUCGAUUUAUUCCUCGGAAACUAUGGAUGUUGCUAGGCACGCUGAGCAAGAGUUGACGCAACAGAUUGGACCGCUGGAGCCACCUCCUAUGCCGCCGCUUAUGCCUGAUGAUGAUGAUAUUAUUGUCGCUGAUGUUCAGAGUUGUGAUUUAGCGGAUAUUCCUGAACCCUCGGAUCCUUAUAUUGAGUCCUUGCAAAAAGAAAGGCAGACUUUGAGUAAGAUUCCGACGAAAAAAUUGUCAAUUGAUUCCAGGGGAAAAAUUACUUUUAAAAUUGGGAAUAAGUCUAAGUUGAAUAAUAAAUUGGGUAAUUUGGAGGAUAGGUUUGAAGAUAGUGUUACGGCUUCUAUGGAGAAGGAUAAGGAGGCGAAGGACAAGGAGAAAAAUAAAGAUUUGAAGGAUAAAGAGGGCAAAAUUGAGGAGGCUAAAGAGAAAGAAGUUAAAAAUAAAGAUGAGAAGGAAGAUGAUGAUGAUGAUGAUAAGAAGAAAGAUUCUGGGGAUAAAGAAGAUGAUAAAAAGUCUAAAGAAAAAGAAGAUGAUAAAAUGUUGAAAGAAAAAGUAGAUGAUGAAAAAUCUAAAGAUGAAGAUGAUAAAAAAUCUAUAGAAGAAGAUGAUAAAAAGUCUAAAGAAAAAGAAGAUGAAAAUGAAUUGAAGGAAAAAGAAAUUAUUGAAGAAGAAAGUCAGAAAUUUUUAUUGAAGACUAAUGAUGAAGAUAAUGUUGAUAAAAGUAAGGAAGAUGAUGAUAAUUCUCCGGCUGUUGUUGUUGUUGUUGUUGAAAGUAAAGAUAAAGAGGAAGAGUUUGAACUGAUAAAAAUUGAUUCACCUGAAAAGGAAAAAGACAAGGAUGAUGAUAAAGAAGAGGUGAUAGAUGAAAAUAAGAAUAAAAAUGAAGAUGUAGAAAUAAUUGAGGUGCAAGAAAGUGUUUCUUUAAAUAAGUCGACGGCUGAUUUGGAAGAAACUGAUGAGCUUAAAUUACGCAAGGAUAAUGUUGAGGUAAAUGUUGAGGCCAAGUGUGCUGAAAAUGAAGUCUGGGAGUCUGACGGAGCUUACACUCCGUGUAAAGAUGAGAUGCCGGUUAAGGAAAGUAUUAAAUUGGAUGGUAGUGAAGCUGCUGAAGCUUCUUUUGAUAAUGGCUUGGAGCCGAUCACUCCGCCUCCUAAAGACAGGUCGACUGAUGAUUUAGGAGCCAGGUGUAGGACACCUAUAGAGUACGCGGGACUUGGUACAGAGGCUAUUUCUGAAACAGACGAGCCGAUUAAUUUUGAAGAGGAGCUUACAAUGUUGAGUCAAAGGAAGGACAAGGAGAUGGAAGACGGGGAGGUGUCUGAUGAAAAUAAACUUAGUAAUAAUAGUGGGAAUAAUAAAAAACACAAGGAUAAAUCUUCUGAUACUGAUAACAAUCCUGAGAGCAGUAGGAAGAAGAAAAAAAAUAGAAGGGAUAGGAACAAGGAGGCGAGUGAAAAGAAUAAGGAGAAUAUUUCUUCUGAUAAUCAGGUGGAGUGGAAGAAAAUUUCUAAGAGUACAAAAGAGAGAUCUUAUCGGGAGAAAAGUAAAAAUUACGAAUCUGGGGAUAAGGAUAAGAGUAAGGAUAAAGGAAAGUAUCGAGAUAGAAGCAAAGAUCGUGGGAAGAAACACGGUAAGGAAGAUAGUGACAAGAAGAAGGUUAAGAGGAAGGAAUUGCCGAGGUAUGAUGUGAGAAAAAUUGUUUCUGAGAAGCCAGUUAGGCCUCGGAAGGAUGAGUAUGGUCGGGAUAUUCGUGAAUUAUCACUGAGCUUGUCACCCAGUCGCAGUUUGACUCGUAACAGACGAUCACAUUCACGAUUAAGUCGGUCGUAUUCUCCCAGAAUGAACUUACGGAAGAGCCGCUCUUGGUCGCGGCAUCGAGCUAGAUCGCGCGAGCGCUCCCAAAAUCGUUCUUCGCCCUACAAACAGUCACUGUCCCGCUCACGGAGAAAAUCACAGACCCGCGACCGUCAUUCCUUGUCCAGAAGACGUUCCAGGUCGCCAACCAGCCGGCGGAACCAGCGAGUCUCUCCCGCUAGACAGCAUCAGUCCAGGAGGAGCAAGAAGAAGUCACUUUCACGGAAAAACAGAUCUAGAACGAGAUCUUGGUCUCGUUCUCGGUCAAGGUCGCGCGUACGCUCCCGCUCCCGCUCCCGCUCCCGCGUGAAAUCCCGCUCGCGAUCUCGGGUGAGAAUGAGAUCGAGGUCGAAGUCUAGGACGAGUUCAAAGUCGCCUUCCAAAACAAGAUCUAGGGAGCAUUCUUACUCCCAUGGGAGGAACUGGAACAAAAUCAGCGACAAGGAUUUAGAUCACAGUCCAUUCGACGUCCGGGAGAAAGACCAGCAGGUUUCAGGAAAUGCCGGAGUGUCUUGGAGCGCUCAGUGGACUCCUUCAUGGUCCAGGUCAAGGUCCAGGACCCCCGCUGCUAUCAACAAGCAGCGCGAUGACCACAUGAUGCAGUCCAGGAACUGGUCACCGACUUCUAGUUCCAUAGGCGACAUGAUUGCCGCUCAGUCUAUCAAUCUACCACCUUCAUCACCACCCUCUCAAUCUUCCCUGCUCGCUUCUAUGAGCAACGCUCUUGGGAAUAUUAAUGGUGCAAAUCCCUCAGCUCCAACCCUGGACAAUCAUGUCUCUCCCAAAAAUCUAACGGUGAUCUUACGCAACAAAGACGCCACCAAGAGUAAAAAGAAGAAGGACAAGCGCUCGAAGGAUAAGAAGAAAUCCCGUGAUGCGGAUCGCAGAAAAGGAGCUAGCAAGCGGAACCGCACGCCUCCUCCUUCUAAGGAAGUCUUCGCCAGUGGGGACAACAUCCUGGUCAGUGUUUGCUUUAAUGACAACGCUACGGGGCAGUCUAAUAAUAUGAUGAACCUAACUGACACCUUGCCGUUGUUGACCACUACUAAAAGACGUCGUCGUGAGCCUGUUCAAGAGGAGCCACCUCCGGCGAAGAAACCAAAGAAAGACAAGUCUAAGGAAAAAAAAUCAAGACCUUCGCCCAAAGUCAGCAAGCGGGAUAAAAAAAGAAAGUCCAAGGCGGCUGAAAUUGCUGCGACGAAAAAACCUGUCGCUCAGCAGGAUGGAGACAAUCAGGGCAAAGGAGAUGAUAAAGUGAUGCAGCAGGAGCAUCAGCUUAAAUUGCUCCAGCAAAAACGGCUUAAGUUGUCCGAGCACGAGCAGUUCAUGAUCCAGGGUCCCAAGACGCCUCCGGAGCCGCAGAUCAAGUUUUCAAUUAGCAAGCAGCAGAGCAAUCUUAGGAACAUGAUUAUGCACCCGCUGUUUAAUAGGGAUCAUGAUGAGCUGGAGAUGGAGGCGCAGUUAAGUGCGAAUGCUUCCAGAGGAAAAGAGGGACAGGUUCAGAAUGAAAUCUUCGAUGAGAAUGACAGCUCGGAGAUUAAUAGGUUGAAUCAGGACCAGGCUGCUGAUAAGAAUUUGGAGGAUGAGGAGGAGGGAGAUGAGGGCAAAAAGGAUGUCCAGGUGGUGGAUGAUGAUGAUGGUGAGCAGGAUGAUGAGGAGGGAGAGGAUGAGGAGGAAGACGGGGGCGAUGAAGAGGAGCAAAAGGGUGAUAAGGAUAGCAGGGAUGAGGCUAAGAAAUUGGAGAAGGAUAAGAGGGACGAUGAAGAUAAGGAUAAGAAGGCUAAGAAUGAUGGCAAAAAUUCGGAGGUUAUAGAUUUGUGUAAAAUAGGACCGAACACUCCGCCAGAACCUCCGAAUUCGCCGCUGACUUCGCCGGAUGUUUAUGAUCCGUUUGAUCCGACUAAGUCCAGGUCGCCCACGCCUAGUGUCAUAGAAGAGCCUCAUCUGCCCAGUGAGCAGAAGCAUGCUAACAAAGGCUCUGAUUUGAGUGCUAAUAAUGAGAAGCAGGAGAGCGACAAGCCCAAGGUCAUUUCUAUGGUGACUAUCAAGCGAGUUUCGCCUGAGAAGGUAACUCCUACGACCAAGCCGCUGGAUAUUAGGAUAGAAAACAAGUCCCUGGAUCACUUAAAUCAAAACUCUGCUGGGAAUCUUAGUUGCUUUACUACUAUCAAUCCUGUGCUGGCUACUGUCGCUGCUGCUGUUCAACGGAGUGGGAUUUUUAACAACCCCGGUAAUUAUGGUAUCACGCAGAGGAACAUCAACAGACUCUCUCCCAGCAGCCAGCUGAAGCAGCGCGGCAAUGAGCGGCCUCAGUUGUCCAAUUUGUUUGCUGCGAAAAAUUUGGUCUUACUUUAUUAUCAUAAAGAGAAUCGUAUGCUUCACAUUCACUUGCUGAGGUAUGGAGUCGAUACAAAUCAAUGGUUAUUGAAGGCGAUGUGUGGAAGUGUUGAAAUACGCACUGUUUAUGUUGGUCACAGGCAAGCUAGAGCUGUUGUUGUUUCACGACUUAGUUGUGAACGUGCUGGUACCAGAUUCAACGUCCGGGGAACAAACGACGACGGGCAUGUAGCAAAUUUCGUGGAAACAGAGCAAAUAAUUUACCUAGACAAUGAAGUGACCUCCUACGUGCAAACCCGUGGCUCAGUUCCUCUCUUCUGGGAGCAACCCGGAAUCCAAGUCGGCUCCCACAAAGUAAAAAUCUCCCGAGGCUUCGACACAGCGACUCCAGCAUUCGACCGUCACCUGAGUAUGAUAAAGCAGCGCUACGGUCAGCAAGUAAUAAUAAAUCUCCUGGGCUCAAGUUUAAUCGGCAGCAAAGAAAGCGAAGCGAUGUUAAGCCAGAUGUUCCAAAGCCACCACAAUUUAUCCCAGCACAAAGACGUGCCUCACAUAAUUUUCGACUACCAUCAAGAGUGUCGUGGCGGCAACACAAAAAAUCUCUCCAAAUUAAAAGCGAAAGUAGAAAAAUACUUAGACUCCUUUUCAAUAUUUUACGCCGUAGGAACUUCCGUGAUCAGCGAGCAAGUCGGUACAAUCCGUACUAAUUGCCUCGACUGCCUAGACAGAACUAACUGCGUCCAGACAUUCCUAGCCUUGGAAAUCCUUUCAAAACAACUAUCACUGCUAAAAUUAUUCGAGAAACAACAAUUAGUCUCCCGAUUUGAAGAAGUCUUCCGCCAAAUGUGGAUCAACAACGGAAAUGAAGUCAGCAAAAUUUACGCAGGCACCGGAGCAAUCCAAGGAAGCUCCAAAUUGAUGGACGGCGCUCGCUCCGCAGCUCGAACAAUUCAAAACAAUUUAUUGGACUCCAGCAAGCAAGAAGCUAUCGAUAUUUUGCUCCUAGGCUCGACAUUGAACACCGAGCUAGCAGAUAGAGCUCGAUUAUUAUUACCCUCGAACAUGCUCCACGCUCCGCCAAGUGUCUUGAGAGAAAUGUGCAAGCGUUACAGUGAAUAUUUACAAACAAUGAACCUCCGCAUCGGCGUGGGAACUUACAACGUCAACGGUGGCAAACAUUUCCGCAGUGUCGUCUACAAGGAUGUCUCUUUAUCCGACUGGCUCCUCGACGCUCCCCGGAACACUGCCUACCUUCUAACUCCAGAUGACGAUGGAGUUCCAGUUGAUGUCUUUGCGGUCGGCUUUGAAGAGAUAGUCGACCUAAACGCAAGCAAUAUAAUGGCAGCUAGCAGCGACAACGCCCGAGCGUGGGCGGAAGAGCUCCAGAAAGUAAUCUCCCGAGACACUGAAUAUAUUUUGGUGACUUACCAGCAAUUAGUCGGAGUCUGCUUGUAUUUAUUCAUCAGACCGCAGCAUGCGCCUUAUUUAAGAGACGUAGCGGUGGAUUGUGUUAAAACUGGCCUCGGAGGAGCUACGGGUAACAAAGGCGCCGCUGCAAUAAGGUGUGUGUUAUAUUCAACAUCAUUCUGCUUCGUCUGCGCUCAUUUUGCAGCCGGUCAGUCCCAAGUCAGUGAAAGAAACGCGGACUAUGCUGAAAUUACCAGAAAAUUAGCUUUUCCUAUGGGGAGGACACUUAAUACUCAUGAUUACGUUUUUUGGUGCGGAGAUUUUAAUUAUAGAGUUGAUAUGGACAAAGAUGAGAUGAAAGAAUUGAUCAGGAACAAUGAAUUGGAGCAGAUUCUGCAGUUUGAUCAGCUGCUGGUUCAACAGGAGCAGGGAAAUGUGUUUAAGAAUUUUAUUGAAGGUCCUGUCACCUUCCCUCCUACUUACAAAUACGAUUUAUUCUCCGAUGAUUAUGAUACCAGUGAAAAAUGUCGUCAGCCUGCUUGGACAGAUCGGGUUCUUUGGAAAAGACGUAAGCAAAUUCCGGAUAUUGAUUCUCCAGCUGAUUGGAACCCGGGAAGAUUAAUUUAUUACGGUAGGGCAGAGUUGAAGCAAAGUGACCAUCGUCCGGUGAUUGCGAUUAUUGAUGUUGAUGUUCAUGUUGUUGAUCCGGAGAAACGUGAAGCUGUUUUUAAGGAAGUUAUUGAAGACCUGGGGCCUCCUGAUGGGACGAUUAUUGUAAAAGCUACUGAGGAGAGUGAAGAUAUUGACAGCGUUUUUGAUGACAAUUUUAUGCUGGCGCUUUUGCAGGAACUUUCGCAUAUAGGCGAGGUGAUUCUUGUGAGGUUUGUCGGGGAAACUAUCUGGGUAACGUUCCGCGACGGUCAAUGCGCUCUCUCGGCUGCUCGCAAAGGCAUGACUCAAGUCUGCGGUCAGACGUUGAAGCUGUCAUUAAAGUCCCCGCAUUGGGUGCAAUUAAUUCAAAAGGAAAUUGAAAUAUGCAGUAACACGACGAUUCCGCAGUAUGAUGACUCACCUUCGAGGAAUGUUUCGAGGCUUGAGCAAUUGGAGAUAACUGAUGAUCCUAAUUCUGGAAGAUCUAGUCCGAGUGAUGGUAACAGACCGCCUAGACCGGCGCCUCCCACUCGCCCGGCUCCUCCAAGGAGCCCAGCUCAUGAGCGAAGGCCUCUUCCUAGGGCGGGAGUGAUUAGUGUGAUGCAGAAUCAAUUUGUUUCGUCGAGAGCUGAGGACUUGGAGAAGGCUGAGAGGCUCUCACCCGAGUCGGCGAUUUAUGAAGAAAUUCUGGAUGAACCGCCGAAUUAUCCUGUUCCUAAUAGACCGCCCCCUCCGUUACCUAGGUCUGCGACAGAUGGUCAAGAGUCUAAGCCGCCGAACUCUGCUCCUCCGCCGCUUCCACAAAGGCAGAUGCCCGUACCGCCACCGCAACAUCCGCCACCGAGUUUGCCACCUCCUAACUUACCUCCGCCUGUUCCUGCUAGGUCUGGAGGUGGGCCUCCUAUUCCUACUCGGAAUCCUCAGUAG